AUACAACAAACAUGUAUAGGAUAUCGCGGAACUACGGGAGGCAGUGGAUCGAGUGACACUGUGAUAUUUGCAGUAAUUGUAAAAUGAAACGGCAUGUUCUAUCUGAUGCAAUUCCUUAGCGGACUUCUUUUGCUGCUUCUCUCGAUACCACUGAGCAAUGGUGUGGAUUACACGUAUGAAAUCGACUGCAGUAACCUACGAAUGGGACAGUACAUCUGUCCUCAUCCCGAUUAUGAUUUCAUAGAUCCGAAAACGCAACAGCCCAAAGGUUGUACGAAGGAAAAUAAAGCCAAAGUGUUAUGUUUGGCUGCAGAUGGCCUCAUUUGUACAGAAACAAAGAAUAAUACAUUCAAGAAGGACAUUCCCUGUAAAUGGACAAAUGGAUAUUCCUUUGAAACAUCACUGUUACUCUCUAUAUUUCUUGGCAUGUUUGGGGCAGAUAGAUUUUACCUAGGGUAUCCAGCAUUAGGCUUCCUAAAGCUGAGUACUUUAGGAUUUCUCUUUCUUGGCCAGUUUGCUGAUGUAAUUCUUAUAGCAACACAAGUUGUAGGACCUGCGGAUGGUUCACAUUAUGUGAUGCCAUAUUAUGGUGCAGGAAUUCAUAUUGUGACAAGUAAUAACUUUACAUACCGAGUGCCACAAUAUGAUUGCUGAACAAUAUCUACACAUAAGGAAAACAAUGAUCAGUCGAAAAAAUUGUACAGCCCCUGCUUCAAUCACGA